UGCGCCUCUAUCAAAUCCAUCGUCGUCCACAAACUAGGCGACACCUCCCCCGCAACGGAGUACGGAUUCCGAUAUACAAUCAAACCCCGAAUCCCGAUAUCACACGCUCACCAUGGCGUUGGCGCCGCCGCUCUGCCACCUACUCGCCGCACCGCCGCCGUCCACGUCCGCCGCAGCCGACGCGGCUCACGACCACGCGGGAGCCCUGGCCCCACACCGCCGCGCCUCCCCGCUCCGCCGCCGCGGCCGCCUCUUCCUCGCCUGCAGGGUCCCCGCUGCUGCGCCCUCCGCCCGUGGGGUCGCGGCGGAGGCGGCGGCGGGAAGGCCGACGGUGCUUGUGACGGAGAAGCUGGGCGACGCGGGGCUGGAGCUGCUGCGGAGGUUCGCGAACGUGGACUGCGCGUACGAGCUCACGGCGGAGGAGCUCCGCGCCAAGGUGUCGCUCGUGGACGCGCUCGUGGUGCGCAGCGCCACGCGGGUGACGCGGGAGGUGUUCGAGGCCGCGCGCGGCCGCCUCCGCGUCGUCGGCCGCGCCGGGGUCGGCAUCGACAACGUCGACCUCCAGGCCGCCACCGAGGCCGGGUGCCUCGUCGUCAACGCCCCCACCGCCAACACCGUCGCCGCCGCCGAGCACGCCAUCGCCCUCCUCGCCGCCAUGGCGCGCAAUGUCGCCCAGGCCGACGCCUCCCUCAAGGCCGGCAAAUGGCAACGUAACAAAUAUGUUGGUGUUUCUUUGGUGGGAAAGACGCUAGCUAUUAUGGGCUUUGGGAAGGUUGGCUCAGAAGUAGCACGACGCGCGAAAGGACUUGGAAUGGAUAUCAUUUCUCAUGAUCCCUAUGCUCCUGUUGAUAGAGCCCGGGCAAUUGGUGUAGACCUUGUAUCGUUUGAUGAGGCCAUCUCCACUGCAGACUUCAUAUCACUGCAUAUGCCACUUACACCAUCAACAGCAAAGCUUUUCGAUGAUGAAACUUUUGCAAACAUGAAAAAAGGUGUGAGGAUUAUUAACGUUGCAAGGGGUGGGGUAGUUGAUGAAGACGCGUUGCUGAGAGCACUCGAUAAUGGAACAGUUUCACAGGCAGCACUUGAUGUAUUCACUGAGGAGCCACCACCAAAAGACAGCAAGUUAGUACACCAUGAACAUGUGACUGUCACUCCACACCUUGGAGCUAGUACAUCAGAAGCACAGGAAGGUGUAGCCCUUGAAAUUGCAGAGGCUGUUCUUGGAGCACUGAAAGGGGAAUUAGCUGCUACUGCUGUUAAUGCCCCGAUGGUCCCUGCUGAGGUUUUAUCGGAGUUAUCUCCGUAUGUUAUCCUUGCUGAGAAACUAGGUCGGCUUGUCGUGCAACUUGUAGCUGGGGGAAGUGGGAUUAAGGGAGUGAAGAUUGGAUAUUCAUCAUCUCGAGACCCUGAUGAUCUGGACACAAGGGUACUCCGUGCUAUGGUCACCAAAGGCAUCAUCGAGCCCAUUUCAAGUGCAUUUGUUAACAUUGUCAAUGCUGACUAUGUGGCCAAGCAAAGAGGCCUUCGCAUCAGCGAAGAGAGAAUCCUCCUUGAUGGAUCACCGGAGAUUCCUAUAGAUUCUAUCCAGGUGCAUCUCGCCAAUGUAGAGUCCAAGUUCGCCGGUGCCCUCUCUGACGAAGGUGACAUCAGAGUGGAGGGAGAGGUGAAGGAUGGGAAACCACAUCUCACACUUGUUGGGCCAUUCAGUGUGGAUGUUAGUCUUGAGGGCAACCUAAUACUCUGCCGUCAAGUUGAUCAGCCAGGUAUCAUUGGAAAGGUAGGAUCAAUUUUGGGGAAGAUGAAUGUGAAUGUGAAUUUCAUGAGCGUUGGAAGGACUGCUCCUGGAAAGCAGGCGAUAAUGGCCAUUGGGGUUGAUGAGGAGCCUGAGAAGGAAGCUCUCAAGUUGAUCGGCGACAUACCAUCAGUUGAGGAGUUUGUCUUUAUUAAGCUUUAGAUAAUAAGGUGUAUAACAGUAGCUUACCACAAUAACAUCCUCUGCUCCAUUGGCAUGGCAUAGGUUUUUUUUUUGGCAAGCUUAGCUAGUUAAUUUAGGUUAGAACAUCAUUUAUUUUCAGUCCACGUAGAUAUAUACUUGAUGAACACUAUGCAAAUUGCAAUGUUUAUUCAUUGAUCUGUUGCCCCUGCUGGUUUGUUUCAAA